AUUUAUUGAAAUACUUACUUGUCUAACGAAUUGCAGCUGAUUCAUGUCGAUGUGUUUCUUUUCCUUAUCUUUGGUUGCAGUUUAAAUUAACUUUAAUUUCAUGUGAUGCGUGUAGUUUAGCAAAUUUCCUUCUUUAAUCUAAAUAAUUUACUUUAUCGCAACUUACUCAACGUUAGUUAUCAAAUUUUUAAAUUCCAGUCGGUGUUAUUUCAAAUUAAAUGUGUAAGGAAAUUUAGUUUUAUAAAAUCUUAAACCAUUCCCGUCGAACAUCAAACACGGAGAGCGAUUCGACUCGUACUGGGCAAGAAAUCGCGAAGGAGUGAGUGGCAGCUUUUUCUUGUGCACAAAGAAAUCCCUCCAAUGCAAACAAAGAACGAAACGACGCACUGUGGGCCAGAUCCCUGGCCCACCGUGCGACGUGGAAAAGUAAAUAUGCUUUCUGACGAAAGAGCGCGUGGGGUGUGCGGAAUGAAAACUCGUAUACAUUUAGCUUGAGGGUUUGUAACUACUCAAGAUCAGUCCUUGUCUGAGGUCAACAUUUCUAAUUGUAACUUACAAUUUAAUCUCUGGAAAAUAUGAAAGAAGAACUACAAAUUUCCCAGAUGCGUCAAGCUAUACAAAAUCCGAUCAUUCUUCAAUGCAUAUUUCAAAACAAGUCUGUUCCUGGGAAAACAUUACGACUCGUCUGCCACUUAUGGAAUGAAAUCGUCCUCUCCCUUCCCCAACCAAAGUUGACCCUUCGAUUUUCCCCUUUGCCCUCGAGGAACUGGUGGUUAUCAACACACUCCGAUUGCAGCACAGACAUCCCAUUUAAGUCAUUUUGCGAGAAUAUGGAGCCCAAACUGGCCAGAUGUAUAGGUGAAGAUCCAUGUCUAUCUAAUCGUUGUCCUGCGCACCAAAAAAUCUGUACUGCUGAAACCAAAUUGCUCUACGUUUCCGAGCACUUCAGUCCAACCGUGGUAGAUUUGACGGUAACCUUUGCGGGUGAAGACGUCAUCCCAACGUUGUACAAAAUACUGAAAAACUACUGCCCUAAUUUGAAGCGACUAAAAAUUUGCGUCCAAAGGACAACGCACGAUCCUUUACGGCUCGGCAGCCCCGAUGCUCUUGUUCCCUUCAGUCUCCGACCAAAGUUGACCUCUGUCGAAAUACACGAUUUUCUUGAGAACUCUCGCUUCCUUGAGAUGACCCAGUUGAUCCUCAAUUCUGCCUCAAAAUUGACCCGUCUCAUCUACCGUGGCAAAUAUUUUCCAGAUUUAAGUCAACAUUUGGCCCUUAAAUCGAUUACGUUGGAUAUGGAUAAACUGACAACAAAAAAUUCCCCCACUGGCAGCGGUGUUCACGGACUGAACAAGAUGUUGGACCAAGUAAAAGAUCGCCUGGAAUUUUUGCACAUUUUGGGCACUCAUGAAAAUGAAGAAUCUCCACUGGUUGAUUUCCACCUUCCUAGAAUGAAGAACCUUAAAGAAUUCAGAAACAACUUGCUCGAUUUGUUUAAUUGUGGGGACCGACUUCAAGAUAUUUGCUCAGCGAGAAUCCCGACUUUGGAAACGCUGGAGAUUUUUAAGUGGGAAGACAGUUUGGACGAUUUAUUACAGAAUAUUAAGGAAGAGAAGGGUUUAUUUAGUGGAGUAAAAAACCUCCACUUGUCCUAUGUUGAUAACCCCGAAUCAAUUAUUGGAUUGAGGACGGCGUUCCCAAGUUUGGAAGUUUUAUCAAUUCAGCAGUUACACUUGGACGAUGUGAUUACGGAAGUGGGACCACAUCUACGAGCGUGUGCUUCACUCGGAUUAAAAUAUCUAGAUUUGGGGCUGGCAAAUCAUCAUAGACAAUUGUCGAAAUUUCUGCAAGGUUUUUCCAAUUGUGGAAAAUUGGUGCCAGGUCUCCAAAAUUUGGAAAUGCGAUUGGUCUCCGUAUACGAUGACUUGAAACGUGUCGCAGAUGGAACGAGGCUGAUAAAACAGUUUCUCUUGAAAAUGAGGGGAUUGGAAGACGUAACUAUUUCAGGAAUUCUAUGGCAAGAAGAAACAUGGAAAUGGAUGAUGUCCUUCAUUGACAAGAAUAAGAUUCCAAUUAAAUUUGAUACAUAAGUAAUUCUUCUUUUUCUACGGCUCCAUUUAAUUAUGUACAUUUCUUAGACUAGAAUUCAAUAAUGUUUUCUUAAUUUUCGAACAAUUAAUUGUUAUGUAUGUAGUACUUUAGUGUUGACAAUAAAGAGGUUAAUAUUUAGACUUUA